AUUUUCUGUGCGUGACAAAUUGUUAAUGAAAAGUGAAAAUCACCCAAAUAUACCAUGACAUUACAUUAUUUUUAUUGGAUUCUGAUUGCAUUGCUUAUUUACAAGUAGUCGUGGUCAUACACCAUGCAUUUGUUGUUGAGUUUAAUGUUUGUUAGUGUUUUGAGUGCUCCUGGUAGUAGUAAUAAAUCUGCAUCCGAUGAUCAUUUACUAAUUGAACAUAGUGUUACACAGGAGAGUGCUGAAAAUGCUAUUCAACACCUCAAACCAGAUCUAAGUAAAAUUAAUAACAAUUAUUUGUAUAAACAUGUAAUGUAUUUAACUAUUUUAUUAGUGAUAGGAGCCGGUUGCAAAGAGUGCACCAGAAGAGAAAUUGAAUAUUGUUUGUCAAGUGAUGUUAUUGAAGAUCAUUGUUGUUGCCAGAGAAAAUACCAUGGUAUAUUAUAUUCAGUAUUUUAUUGUUCUUACUACUUUGAAAUGUUAAUUUAUUUUACAGAAGUGUUUCCCUAUAUUGCACACACUUGCUAUGUGAGAUCCAGAAACUGUGAGCCUACUGUCCGGGAUUGUGGAGUGUUUGAUCGACUAUUGGCUUGUUGUUGUCAUCAUCACCUUGGCAUGAAAUGUGAGUAACAUAUUUCAUACAAACCAAAACAACUUAACAGCUACAACAUUUUUAUGAUACCUAUGGCAUAUAUAUUAAUUAGUUAAAAAUUAUUAAAUUUGAAUUAUCUUUUGAGAGAAAUCAUACAAGUCCAAUGAUAAUAAAUAAUAAUUAAAGAUUAAUAACCAUGCGAUAAACUUUUAAUAUUUUUGUAGGAGACAAUACAGGAAAUAUUUUAAUUUUGAUUUUAAAUUUGGUUUUAUUGUCAUUAAAUUUGUAAAUAAUUUGAAAUAAUAUUUUAAUAACUGAAGUUUUCAACAUUUAGAUUUGUAUUUAUAUAACAUGUUGAGUUAAAUAAUAUAAUUUAAUGCUUUUAAUUUGAAUGUGUAAGUGUAUGUCAUAAUAGGUUAAAUAAUAAAACCUAUACAAUUUAUUAUAGAACAUUUUAUUUUUUUUAAGGGAAAAGCCAAAUGUCUACUACCAGUCCAAUUAAUGGUCAAGGUGGAAAAAGAGAAAACUUUAUCAUCGUAAUUGGGUUGAUUAUUUUACUUUUCUAUUAAAAAAAUCUCGUAUUAUAUUUUUAAUUUCUCAUAAGAUAUUGUUUUGGGUAAUUAAGUGCUUAACUUUAGUAAACCAUAUUGUUCAGUACUUAUACUUGGUACUAAGGUACUUACCUAUGUUAAUUUCAAAUAUAUAUUAUACUAAAAUUUAACACAUUAUUGAU